CAGACAGUUCUAAUAUUUUGCAAUGUUGCACAUGUGACUGCUGACAGAUAUGCAUCGAAUAAAUGAAACGUUGAUUCUUAUGCUGACAGUCAAAUUUAUUGAGUCUGAGAAUGGAGUUUGUUACCCUGAAAGAAAAGAAAACAAAUGUUGUGCAAGGUAUUACCUAAAGGAAGGUAGCUGCUUUCCCUGUAACGGAAGCAUUGGUCAUCAUUGUUCCUUGUCAUGCCUUAGAGGACACUGUGGAAUUCAGUGCAGUAGACGCUGUCCCUGUGAUGAUUGUGAUAGUCAGACAUGUGUGUGUAGCUAUUCGCAGAAAUCACAUGAUGAUAGCUCAGCAGCAUCAACGCGUUUUGAAUACGAAUUUGUUGGCUUGAUUGUGUUGGGAAUCCCUUUGGCAGCUUUUAUUUGUUGGAUUUAUAAAAGGAAAAAGAGGCCUUUGGAAGUUGACUGUUCAGAUUUAACAGAGGAAACUUAUGUCGAAUAUGAUAUGAUAAGGGAAUCACAGUUAAUCUUAGAUGACGAUGAUGAUGAUGAUGAUGAUGAUGAUUUGAAGAGACACACGGUACAACCAUGUGACAAUGUGGAUAAACAAAGACGACUCAGCUUGGACGAUAACUCAGAGGGUGGCUUUUAUAAUGAACUACGAUAUAAUUCUUGAUCAGAAAGGACGCAUCAGUCUAGGAAACUACAUGAGAAACUAUUUGACCAUCAAAUGCCAUAAUAUACGACAUGUAGUGAUAUUGGACCAUUGCAAUCGUCGUUCUUCCAAACUGGGUUAAAUUGUCCGUGUUUCUGUCAGUGAACUACAGCUCUAGCGAAUGUUUAACAGUUAAUAAACAUACGCCUUGUUAAAAAGGAUUACGAAAGUACAAAAAACAAUUCAUCAUAUGUAAAUGUAUUUAAUUAAAAACCUUUUUUCAAUAACAGAUUAUCUUGAUAAAAAUUUCGCAAAUUAUCUGCGUUUUUUUACGUAAUGCAACCUCUUACUUUACUUCCAAAAAUAUAUCAUGCAGCGGACAAUAUAUUGUUGUGUUGUUUGUAUCUUAAAAAUAAAACACGAAGCAUUAUAUAUUGAUAGAGAAAAACAGUAAAAAACAUGACGAACGUUUCAUCUUCAAAUAAAUAAUAUAUAAUUCUGUCAAGCUGACUCAACCAUGAUGACACCAACAUAUGUAACGGAACGGAUACACCAACACUGUAUCUUCAGUUCGAUAGUAAACAUUCAGAACAGGUGGGGGUUUUCCUGUGUAUAAUACAGAGAUGCUUAUAACAAGAUUUUAUUAGCAUUCAUUUUUAAUGACAAUAUAUAUUGACAAACACUUAAUAAUAUAUCCUCCUGUUGAAAACAAUGACAAAUAAACGUGUACUGGGUUGUCAAU